GGCGCAUUCUGCAGUCGCUGUUUGGGACGCUGGGUGCGCGGAAGCUUGGUCUCUUCUCUGGCUUCGCAGUCAAAGCCUGUUCCCUCCCUGGAGCUCGGGACAGGCUGGGCACGCGCCCGUGUGUGUGUGUGUGUGUGUGUGUGUGUGGACUCAGGGCAGAGGCAUCUUCUCGCUGCCUUUUUUUCUUCCUUUUAUCCAAAGAAGGGGCAGUUCUCACGCUUGCCUUCCUGUCGCCUGGUUGGGAGCGGGGUCGGGGUGCGGAGUGGUUCGUGUUUUUUUCUUUUAAACUUGUCAGCGCUUUUUUCCCCCAGUUUUUUUCGGCUCAGUGUCUUCUGAGCUGGUUUCCUCCGUCCCUGACUAACCUCUUUCUGCCCCUUCUCUUGCCAUCCUCGCCCAAGGUCGCCCCUCCGCCCUCGCACCUGGCCCAGGGGGGUGGUGGGAAGCUUUGUCCGGCUCCCUGCCCACUCGAGUCUCCGCAUCGUAGCCGCACCUGCCUCAUUAUGAACGGGGUCAACGACCCCCCUCUUUUUAUAAAAGAUAUUAAGCCCGGACUGAAAAACUUAAAUGUCGUCUUUAUUGUCUUGGAGAUAGGACGCGUGACCAAAACCAAAGACGGCCAUGAAGUGAGAUCAUGCAAAGUAGCAGAUAAAACGGGCAGCAUCACUAUUUCCGUGUGGGAUGAAAUCGGAGGUCUCAUUCAGCCGGGGGAUAUUAUUCGGUUGACCAGAGGGUAUGCAUCCAUGUGGAAAGGAUGUCUGACACUUUAUACUGGAAGGGGUGGAGAACUUCAAAAAAUUGGGGAAUUUUGUAUGGUUUAUUCAGAAGUGCCAAAUUUCAGUGAACCUAACCCAGAUUAUCGAGGACAACAAAACAAAGGGGCACAUAGUGAACAGAAGAAUAAUUCUAUGAAUAGUAAUAUGGGUACAGGUACAUUUGGACCAGUGGGAAAUGGGGUUCAGUCUGGCCCAGAAGCAAGGGGAUGCCAGUUUUCAUAUGCUGGUAGAAGCAAUGGCCGGGGACCUAUAAAUCCACAGCUACCAGGAACAGCUAAUAAUCAGACAGUCAUGACCACAAUAAGUAAUGGCAGGGACCCUCGAAGAGCCUUUAAAAGAUGACCUAUGCCAAAUAUUCACAUGUAGUUUUUAAACUACGUGCCCUACUUGAACACUUACUGCACUUUUAUUUAUCGUUAACUGUGAAAACUGUCCUUUAUUGGUUUCCUUGUACAUUUUUGGUUUGUUAACAGGAGUGGUUUGUUUUUUAUAGCAAAACUAUUAAGCUGCUCAAGUCUCCUAUUGAAGAAUGGGAACACUCUGAAGAAUAGGGGCAUUUAUUUUUAGAGCAAAAAGAUCUUUGGAUAACCUCUAAAAGACUUGCACCCAUUUCAUGGGUGAAUUACUUAAGACAUCAGCAUUUUAGCCUCUAUGAGUCUGUCGUCUGUAUAAAUUUUGUAAUAUUUAAAAUAAGGCUUAGUGGGAGAUGCUCUUUUGUCUUAAAUUCAGAUAAUUGCCAACUAAGCAAUAACCACCAAAAAAACAAACACUUGGUCAAUGCUAACAGCAGUUUUUGAGUGUUUGUGACUCCAGGAAUGAUUGAAUUAUUCAUUGAGUGACUGCCAUUAAGAUUUUUGAAGAACUAAAUCAUCCUAAACUCUUGUUUUAUUACCAAAAAAUAUAUUCUUUACCAGAAUUAAGAAAUGGAAUGUGAUCUGUAUUAUAAUAAGAAAUUAGAAGAAAGCUGCGUUUACUUUAUUUUGGGGUAGUCCUAUUAAUAUUUACCAGCUUUGUGCAUUACACUGAAUGAAAAUUUAAAGCUGAGGCCUUGAAUGUGUAUUUUUUGAAACUACCAUGUCAGAUACUAAAAUUUAAGGGGGUUAUAAAGUCAUAAUAAACAUUGACCUAAUUAUUUUUCCAAAUUAUGGUAGAUAAAUAUUAUGGUGAAAGCAAUUCAAGUUGAAUUCAUGUGGAAAUAUGCAAUCUUAAUUAAUAGGAUCCUAGGUACAGAAACUCAGCCUGGAGUGAAAAUCCUAGGUACUUAUUUUAUUUGAAGGAUGUGUCUGUGUGUUUAUUGUCAAAGUUACUGAACGCAGUUCACAAAGCCUUAUCAGCAAAAGUUAAAUGGCUCUCUCAAGAAGCGAAUACAGCUUUAUUUAGAAAUGUAAAGGUAGAAUUUAUUUAUGUGUUGUAAAUGGUCUCCAGUUCCACUUUUUACUGUAGGGUGGAUAACUGGUAAAUUUUUCCUUUGUUAGAAUUAAACUCUUCUUUGACAUUAUCUCUUGAAUAAAACUUGCGUUAAUGUUAACAGACCUAC